GUAAACACUCCCAAAUAAAAGUCGCGUCACUUCCUUGCCCAUCCCAAAGGGAAAAAACGAAAUAUUAAAAAGAACGAAGUACAAAAAGGGCGAGAAAAAAAACAAAAAGUAAGAUCAAAAAGGUGAACUUUAGAAAAAAGGCCCGGCGGAAAACCAGAAACAAGCACAACUGAAACAAACUGUCAUGCCGCUCCACAAGACAUCUCGGGGGCCUCGCCUGGACCCCACGAUGAUCUCUGCUCCUCUGGGGGACUUCCGCCACACCAUGCACAUAGGCAGGGGUGGGGAUGUGUUUGGGGACACCUCUUUCCUUUCCAGCCAUGGUCCCAGCUCACCUAGCACAAAAUCAGAGGCGGGCACACUCUCCUGUACCAGCCCAGAGCCACCGACGAACAGCAACGUCUUCAGCGACACCAGCCCACAGCCCUGUGAACUCCAUCAGUCAGAAUCCUCCGAGAUCCUGUCCCUGGAUCUCGAUUUAGACUUGGGUCCGUCCAUCUUGGGAGACGUUCUCGGAGUCAUGGAUGGACUGAUGCUGGACUCGGGUUGGAGCACUGGCCGUAUGAAGGAAGAGAGUGGCAGCAGUUUCGGGGCCGAGGAGCUCAGCUGGAGCGAGAAGGAGUCAUUAGUGAGCAUCAGAAACGACGUAAACGGCAAAGAGGGGAGCUUGCUAGAGAGCAAGGUAGAAGGGCAAAUAUCUGCAGAAAGCAGCCUUAAAGUGAAGGGGAGUAGCUUCAGACCAAAGGUGAGAUUUAGCGAUAAAAGGGAGGAAAUCAUUGAUCAAGAGGUCGAUGGCGUGGGAUUGGAUCAGCAUAGGAAUGAAUUAGAGUGCAUAAGCCCUUCAGACGGAGAGUAUAAAAAAGGGAAUUUUAUUGGAAGCUACUCUCUCAGAAGGCAGGAUAGAGAGGGAGAACCAUCCAAUCACGUGGCUGACUCGCCACCGAGCCCCGCCUCUUCUCACAGUUCUGAAUACGAGGGCGUCACGUCGCUGGACAGGAGGAGAGAGGAUAAUCACCUUGCUGAAACAGAGUCCGACGAGGAGCUUGUCGGCAGUGAGCAGGGAUACACGUUCGAGGAUGAGUUUGAUGAUGAGAUUGGCUUAUAGAGGCAGGGUCCAGAUCACAGUGACCAAUCAUACAGCAGCAGUGGCUAUUGAAUUGUCCUCAGUAAUCAUGUAUAGUUUUUUUUUCAUUAUUUAAAACUGGUCAUGUAAAAGGGAACUGGGAAAAUGUUAAACUGGGAAUAUCUGUUAUCAAACUGCAACUGGAAGCAGGGGAGCAUAGUGGACAAGUGUGACUCCCUUUUCGAGUUUCACUUUCAGUAUGCUGGUGUAAUGUUUUCCUGUAGAUAAAAUGAAAUCUUCAAACCCGUGUGCUGUUUGGUGAAACAGUUUCAUAUGCAUGUUUAAUUGAUGUAAUUCAAAUUGUUUUUCCUAAUCAGUACUUUCACAGACCUCCAGCAAGCUUUUACCAAUCUCUGAAUGACAGAAGCUUGUAGAACAUUCCUCCAGGUGGACAGAGGGAGCAGGACAAAGUCUCUAUGAGAUUUUUGUAUCCUCCUUUAUUUUAGUCAGACAUCUUGAAGUUUAACUAUAUAUAAUUGUUGGGAAAGGGACAAUGAAUGUUUACAUAUAAGCAAUCAGAUUUAAUCUAAUCAAAAUUUUAAGUGUUGUUCAGCAGUACUGAACUAAAAGUAGAAUAUGUAACUGCCAGUGGUUAUGUAACAGUCUAUCAAUCCUUGUCAAGAGUUUCCUUUUAUUGAAUGUUGUUAGGCGAUUAAGUUGAAUGUUCUUGGAGUUUUCUGUUCACAGCAACAUUGGGCAAAUUCCACAUCUCUGCAUCUCAUCACUAUAACCCACAGUAUUAACCAAAUGUUAUUUCCUUUAUACUAAAAUAUCUUAUUUGAUGGAUAUGGCAAUAACGCCUACACACAAAUACUUAUGCUGGAAGAUUUGUUUUAUAAAGUAGUUUAUUCGUUACUUAUUUUUAUAAGGAAGUGUGAAAAUUCUCCUGUAAAAAUCAGUUAGCUAGGGAACUGUCCAUUAAAAUAUGGCAUAAACAAC